AUGACGUCGUUGUUUGAUGCGUUAUCACGGACUAAUGAUCGUCUACCGUCGCCCAAUUUUUUGCCCGAGGAUUUUUUGGAAUUGCUAAAGAGCCCGGAUUUCGAUACGAAGCUUACGACCUUAAUCCGAGCCGCUACAGUUGCCAAACGUGAAGAAGAUUGGUUCCAUAAAUUCCAAAAGAAAGGAGAACUUUUCAAGUGUAUUGAUAAAAUCAUAACGGAUGAUCGAUGGGAACUUCAACAUCAAUGCAUCAAGUUUUUGGUGGAGGCUAUGCCCACGUUUGGAAGUGCCACCGAAUACUGUAUGUGCUUUGUUAUGCCAAACCUCAUUCCAAAACUGGUUAGUAAUAAAGUGACAGUUCGGAAGAUCACCCAUCAAGCAAUUGCCACGUUUCUUCGUCUGAAACCUGAAGCUCUUCAAUCUUUUCUGAAAAUGUUGACUAACUUCAUGCCGAAUUGCAAUUCAAAGCUGGAAUUGAUAACAGAGUUACAUCAUAUUUUGAUACCAGAGCUAGUCAAAUCAAAUUGGCAGUGUCUUGUGGAGAACUUCACGACGAAAUCCAAUAUUCAAGGGUGCGAAGAGCAGGCCGGCGUUCUCAUGAAGAAAUUGCAUUACUUUAUUGGCAACGAAUCUUGGCAGAAAAUACUCAUCAAUUUAUCUCCUGAAAAGCUAGAAGUUCUUGAGAGAAUAACUGAAAAUGUUCAAGUAGAACAAACGGAUGCAAAAGCUGGAAACGGUGUAUUGAGAGCGUCUGCAAAACCACAAUCUGGUGGAGAACGACGUCUUCGAUUCGGAAUUGUUCCUAGUUUGGUUUGUGCUCUAAUUUCUGAAGAUGAUGCCAACCAACGAAUUGCUGGAUUGGAGAAGAUGAAACAAGUGGUAGAUCAAAUCACCGGGGAGGAAAUCGCUCGGCUGGUUCCACAUCUACAUUCCUAUCUGUUGAUGUUGUCAAAUGUCUUGGAAGACUUGAAUUUUAAGGUAGUCGUUUUGGCUCUGGACAUUGUCCGUGCGACUGCUCAUCACUUGAAAGGACACAUGGAAGCUCAUAUUCAGCAGUUUGUGAACUUGGUGGCGAAACAUUUCGGAAAUCAAAAAUCUGUUAUCAAACAGAUUAUUAUGAUGACGUUUAUGGAGUUGUUUCAGAACAUCAAUCCAAAAACUGUCGGUGGCUGUCUCCGAGUGUUCCUUGAAAACAAAAACUCUCGAGUUCGUGAAGAAGUAAUCAAUAUCUACACAGCCUCUUUGAUGACUAUCAGCCCUUCCAAAUUCAAUCUCCCACCUCUUGUCAACAUUCUUGUACCGAUGUUUCAUGACGCAAAGAAACGAGUCAGAUUAGCCGCAUUCGAACAAUUGUCGGUGGUCGCUUACCUAUUGAAUGGCAAAACCGAGAUUAUCAUGAAAGCGGUGAGGGAUUUCGAGCAAGAUCAGAAAAUAAGGGGACUGGUUGAAGCGGUGACGGCUAGAAUCCGGAGACAGGUACUUCCACGUAUAAGAUACGAUGGAUUGAUUGAGUACUCCACACCGCCCAUGAUGGAUUCCUUCGAUCUUGCGGAAUCUGAGAUGAACUUACCUUCCAACGCUGAUCUCUCAUGGAUAGUGAGCAAUGGGGGUGUCGAGCCGGACCCAUUUGAGAGAACGAUGUCUCCGAUCAGUUUGGCUGGGAAUUUGGCAAGUAUUCGGAGGAAUAGAAUGUUGCAGGAGAAAGAGAAACCGGCAAUCGGGGUUGUGAGCAGCCUGAAUGCUCAGCAACCUGCUCAGCAACCCGUUCAACAACCCGUUCAACAAGUGGUCCCACAACAACAGCGCGUGCAAAAUGGAAUUGAAAAAAACAAAGAAGUAACGGAGAACCAUCGGAGCUUGGAGGUCAACCAGAAGAUGAUGAUGACUCGGAUGAAGAGUGAUGAUUCGUUUGUAAGACGACAAGGAUCAGGUUAG